AUGUCGCCAGCUCCUCUCGUCGAGGAGGCGCAUGCUGAUCCGCAUCUGGAUCAGCUGCAGGCCGUGGGCAAAGCGUUCGAUGCCCUUCUACUAACCCUCUAUCGGCUUACUCACAGACACAAUGAACUCAAGCAACAUACAGAGGAGGUUUUCAAACAGCUCACCAAUGUCACCAGGCAGGUGCCUCCUCAAGAUAGACCGCAUGCGAUGGAGGUGCAGCAGAGGUUACUCGAUCAACAGAAAGAAUUGUGUCUAGGCCUUGUGCACAAGCCGCGCGUCGAAGAACAGUUGCUGAAUUCAAUGGAAGUAAUCAAGACCCUCGUUUCACACCAAAAUGUAGACGAAAAUGCCACCCGGGCCAUCGUGGAGGGAGUCAAGGGCUACAAGGCAUUGCUUCGCUCCCAAGAUAGCCUGUCCCAAAUAUCCUCCGUCAACUCCUGCAUGCUUGCCCGCGGACCGGAUCCUUCCCUCGAACAAGACUUUACUACAAAUGGUACCCAGGGUAACCUGCACUGUCCUUUCUCCAAACCAAGAUCAUCGCGCUCAGACAACUCGCUGAACGGAAAGAUGGAUGGUCCCAAGAUCCAAGUUGAUACCUGUGGACAUGUUGAUCUGGACCCCAUCAAGGCUGAACAGGAGGAGCGACGCUCAAGUACUACGCCGUCUGCCCAGCCGUCCGCCAAUUCAUCAGGCCAGUGCCCCGUUUCUCGUUGCCCGAUCCGAUUUUUGGACAAACACUCGCCGGAGGAGAUUGCGGAAUACGUGGAAAGACACAAGCAUGAGAUUCCCCGGAGCCAUGCCAUCUGUGUCAAACGAUACCAGAGAGAUCCUCAGAAUAUGCGACAGCUGGACGCCAAGUAUGGUGGCCUGAUCAACAUGAUCAGUGGACUCUCUGCCAAGCACCAGGCAUUUUUACCGCCACGCCAACCAAACGGAGAGGCUAACGGAGACGGAGAAGGCGAGGUCGAGGGCCCAGUCGAAGGCCGAUCUCCACCCUCCGCCUCAACUGAAAGGGUUGAGAAGUGGGCAGAGAACGUGGACCCGGUAACUCCUGGUCCGAAUCCCGAACCGAAUGAGGACGACAAUCGAGAGAGUCGCUUCGAUCGUCCGCUUCGUGAAGUUCGAGUGGGUGAAUCCCCAAGCAGGCCUUGGGGUAUUCCCGUGCCUCUCACCCAGCAAACCCCCGCCUCAGUACCCUUCUCUGGAUCCGCCUCCAUCCCCAUACCUGCGGUUGUGAAUCCCACAGAUCCAUCAAUGAAGUCACCAGAAGAGAUCCCAGCAAAACCGGCCGGUCGCUGUCCAUUCGGACAUGGUGCCCCCAAGCCUGAACCUGCUCUUGAAGCUGACGCUGAAGCUGAAGAGGAAGCGGAAGCGGGAGCUGGCCCCGAAUCUACCCCCAAACUCGACUCGCCCUGGUCCAACUGGGGAAAUGGAAAUCAGUCCAGCUCGCCCUAUGACUGGACCAAGGACAAGGAUGAGAAGCUUGCUCCCGGAGUAACGAUCGGUGCUGCGAAGGCUGAGACAACCAAACCCGACUUCAGCUCUCUCCCAAGCCACGUCACCUUCAAUGGCCCAGUCUUCUUUGGAUACUCGGCUGAGCAGACAGCUGCGUUGAUGCAGCAACUGGGCCGGUUUGGCAAAUCCUAA